AUUACUGAGAAUUAUGAAUGACCAGCUGAUGUAUCUGGAACGUGCAUUCAUUGAUCCUUUAGGCUUACCUGGGAGGCCAUUCUACAGGCAUAUCAUCUAUGCUCCAAGCAGCCACAACAAGUAUGCAGGAGUAUCAUUCCCUGGGAUUUAUGAUGCCCUUUUUGAUAUUAGUAGCAAAGUCAACGCUUCUAAGGCCUGGAGCGAAGUGAAGAGACAGAUUUCUAUUGCAACCUUUACAGUGCAAGCUGCAGCAGAGACUCUGAGGGAAAUAGCUUAAACACAUUCUACAGAAUCACAGAAUCCCUACGGAACUAUGGUAUGGAGCUGAUAUACACACAUAUAUAUAUAUAU